CAAAUAGCCAACCAAGCAAUAAGCAAAAGGUUUAUUAUUUUGAUCAUUCAAAUUAAACCAUUUAUUUAUUUCCUGUUUUUCGAUCUUUUAAUUUGUUCAGAUUUAAUUUAAUUUACCCCUAACAAGUUAAAGUUGUACCAUGGGACGUUGGGUGAAACCUGAGGUCUUCCCUCUUUUGGCUCCAAUCACAUUUGUGGUUGGCUUGUGUGGUUUCCAACUAGCUCGAAACUUGUUGACCAAUCCUGAAGUCAGGGUGAAUAAAGCUCACCGGACGACGGCGGUGCUGGAGAACCAAAAGGAGGGGGAGAAGUACGCAGAGCACAGCUUCCGCCAAUUUCUCCGGACUCGCCGCCCGGAAUGUUCAUCAUCAUCAUCAUCAUCAGAUGAAGGGUGUGGAGAAGGGCUGUAUUGCUUGUCAUGCACUGUUGGGUUGUCUGGGCGUCGAUGUGUCCGGUCCUCAGCCACUCAUAUCUUCAACCUACUCAAUAAUUCUCUACCGUUCAACAAAUAUGCGUUCUUGACAACCCAUAACGCAUUCUCCAUUAAUGGCGACCCCCCUUCACACACCGGAGUUCCCAAUAUUGUCCCUAGAAAUCAAGAAGACGACGUCGCUCACCAGCUCAAUAAUGGAGUACGUGGGUUAAUGCUUGACGUGUACGACUAUAAAGGAGAUGUUUGGUUGUGCCAUUCCUUUGGUGGCCACUGCCAUGACUACACUGCUUUUGGGCCAGCAUUAGACACACUGAAGCAAAUAGAAGCCUUCUUAUCAGCAAAUCCGUCGGAAAUAAUCACAAUAAUAUUGGAGGAUUACGUGAGGGCCCCCAGUGGGCUGACCAAGGUUUUCACCGACGCCGGCCUGAUGAAGUACUGGUUCCCGGUGUCAAGUAUGCCCAGAGGCGGCGGCGAUUGGCCGCCGGUGAGGGACAUGGUGGCUAAAAACCACCGCCUACUCGUCUUCACUUCUGUCAGGGCUAAGGAACAGAGUGAGGGGAUUGCUUACCAAUGGAACUACAUGGUCGAAAACCAAUACGGAGAUGGGGGAAUGAAGAGCGGAGAGUGCCCGAGCCGGGGCGAGUCAUCCCCUCUAAACGACACCACUAAAUCACUGGUUCUGAUGAACUUCUUUGGGUCGGCCCCUUUUGAGCCCGCCGCUUGCCUACAAAACUCAGGCCCACUAAUGGACAUGUUGGACACAUGCCAUGCUGCUGCUGCCAAUCGUUGGCCCAAUUUCUUGGCUGUUGAUUUUUAUAAGAGGAGUGAAGGAGGAGGAGCAUUCCAAGCAGUGGACAAGCUAAAUGGGGAGCUAUUGUGUGGGAAAGAUGAUGUCAACUCUUGUGUUAGACUCUGAUUUUUUGCUUUUUCUUUUCCACUGUUGCCCCCCUAGACCUUUUUUUUGUUAUUAAGAAUAAAAAAUGUCUUAAGUAUUUUAGAAGGAAUAUGGAUUUAAAGCUUGGGCCAAUAUUUUGAGUAUUUAGAGUUAGGGCUUGAGUCCAAUAGUUUAUAUUUAAUAGAGCCCAAAUGCAAUGUAAAAUGAAUGAAGUGGGUGAGACUUA